AAACAGUAUAGGUACCAUUUUAACAGUAUUUUGAAAAGAUACAUACAUGGUUAUCUUUCAGUUUGUUUGGUGGUUAUGUUAUGGACACUAUUGCAAGUGCUGGAUUUGGGGUAGAUGUUAGUUCGCAAUCGCAACCAAAACAUCCAUUUGUGGAAAACGCCAAAGCGGUAUUCAAAACUGGUGUGUUCCACCCGGUGUUUGCUAUUGUGUUUUUCUUCCAUUUCUUACUCCACUCUGAACUGUUUAAGAUUCCAUUAUCCGAAAAAAACUAUUAGCUAUUUUACUGACGUUAUUGAGCAGGCUAUAAAGUUGAGAGAAAGUGACGAGGAUGCUAGCGAGAGAGUUGACUUCUUACAACUCAUGUUAAAUGCCCACGAUGUUUAUGAUGAAUAUGUAAAGAACAAAGAAGAUGAAGAGGAUGCUGAUGAUAAAGGCGAGAACGGAGAAGAAUACAUUAAAGAUGACAUGUCAUCUUCAGUUAAUUCGUGUAAGAGAUUAAGUAAGGAUGAAAUAAUUGCACAGUCUAUUGUCUUCUUGGUUGCUGGAUAUGGAAGUAUCCACGCCGCGAUGUCAUUGGUGUGCUAUAAUUUGGCAACCAAUCCGGAAACGCAAGAGAAGUUACAGAGAGAAAUUGAUGAGGUCAUGUGUAACUAUGACGCUGUUGGAUUUGAGGCAGUCAGCAAGAUGACAUAUUUGGAUAUGGUAAUUUCAGAGACAUUCAGAAUAUUUCCCCCUCAUCGCAGACUGAUUCGCGAAUGCAACCAAGACAUUAAUAUUAAUGGAAUAAAUAUCCCCAAAGGAAUGACUGUGGUCGUCUCUCCUUAUGUCAUCCAUCAUGAUCCAGACAAUUAUCCAGAUCCAGAGAAGUUCAUCCCAGAAAGAUUCACUAAAGAAGAGAAAGAGAAGCGACAUCCAUAUGCCUGGAUACCGUUUGGUGCUGGACCUCGUAACUGUAUUGGUAUGAGAUUUGCAUUGAUUGAAGCAAAGAUUGGAUUGGUUCGUGUACUGCAGAAGUUCACCUUUGAACCCUGUGCAGAAACGGAGAAUCCUCCUGUGUUUGGUAACCAAGUUAUGGUGUCUCCACCGAAUGGUAUUAAACUCAGAGUUAAAUCACGAGAAUGA